UAGCCAAGAUCGGUUGAUUUAUACACGUUCAUCUGCAUGGCUUGCAUCGAUGAACACCCAUAUGUAGGUGAAAUCAUGCCGUGAAGCGUGAUUUACCCAACGACACCCAGUUCUCAGUUUGUUGUCGCCCUUCGUUUAACAUCUCAUACCGGGGUUCUCGGACCGUUUGUGAAACUUUCUGGGCAAUAAUAUUGCUUUGAUCGGUGAGACGAGAACAAUCCAGCCGGCGCUCUUGGGAAGUGCUUGGUGAGACUUCCACAGAACACAGCGUUCCCGGCUCGUACGGGCUUUGCCACAACUGCUCGGCAUGGACGCCGAAGCGGAGGCCCGGCUCACGCUUACGGGGCUGGUGCGGUUAGUCCGCGAAGAGCAGUGGCAGCAGGCGCAGGAAUUGUUGGACCUCGUGCGGGCCCGCGGCAAGAACCUCGCUCCCUUGUCGCCCAGUGCAAACGUUGUGCGCCGUGUGCUGCGACUUAUACGCGACGAGUACGCCAGUGCCAUCCUAGGUCACCAGGUUGAAGCAGACAGGGACUCGUUGCAAAAGCUGCUGUUGGCUCGUGACGAAUCGGUGAGUGAUUACACGCGGCCACUUCCCGGUCUGCGCGAACAGCUGCUCGAUAGCCUCGACGAGCUCGAACGCGAGCUGCGACACAGCGCGGAGAACGUGGCUGCCCAGGGCCCCGAGCACAUCCAGUCCGGAGACCUGCUCCUUACCCAAGGAAGGUCGCGCACCGUUGAGGCUUUUCUCAAAAGGGCUGCCCAGAACCAGCGCACAUUUCAGGUUCUGGUGGCAGAGGGGGGACCGCGCUGCGAAGGCGUCCAGCUCGCAGAGUCCUUGGCACGUGUGGGCAUCGCGACCACCCUGGUUCCCGACCAGUCCAUCUUGGCUCUGAUGCCUCGGGUGAGCAAAGUGAUCCUUGGUACGGACUGUGUCCUGGCGGACGGUGGCCUUCAGGCUCCUUGCGGCAGCCACGCCUUGGCCCUGGCCGCGCGACACUGCGCGGUUCCGCUGCUGGUGUGCGCACCGGGGGCCACGCUGAGUCCGCAGCUGCCCUGCUCGGAGAGCACCUACCAGCAGCUGGGAUCCCCGGAGCCCCUCGGCCCGGAGCCUCGCUCUGGAGCGCUCCUGCUCAACCCAGCCUCUGACUGCGUGCCGCCGGACCUCGUCCCACUACUGGUGACGAGCGCCGGUGGACACGCCCCAUCGUACGUCUACAGGCUGCUCAGUGAGGUCUACCACCCCGACGACCACGUGUUGACUGCGUCCUGAAAGGAGGAAUAAAAAAGCGACGAUGCGUGUUGAAAUAAACGUGUGUCCUUGUUU